ACCAUCGUGAAUUUCAUUUUCUUAUUAAUAAUCAGGCCCACAUAAGUAUUAGCCUCUGGAAAAUUCCUCAUCAUCCAUUUCCCCCAAUUUCUUCGUCUCCAAACCCUAGCCUCCGCCGCGGAAAAAACCCUAGCUCUUUUGUUCUCUCUUCGAUCUUCCCCCAUGGCGAAGAAGAGAAAGUCUCGAACCUCUGAAGCCACCCAACCCCAGCCAGAACCCGUACAAGUCAAACCCGAACCAGAACCGGAACCGGAACCGGAACCCCAGCCUGAGCCAGAACCUGAGCCCCAACCCGAGAAUGAGCCAGUUCAGGUCAAACAAGAAGAAAUGGAGGCAGAUCAAGAAGAAGAAGUCGAGGAAGAAGUUGAGGAAGAAGUCGAAGAAGAAGUAGAAGAGGAGGAGGAGGAGGAAGAUGAUGGAGUUGAGGAACAACAAGAAGAGGAAACCCUAAUUAAGACGGAGACUACCGAAAUUAAACAAUCCAAUGGCGGAGCUGAAGAGCAACUGAACAGUAAGGAUGAGGAUUUGGAUGACGAGCCGUUCGAGAAACUGCUGGAGCCGUUUUCGAAGGACCAGAUGGUGGUUUUGAUAAAAGAAGCGGUUUCCAAGCACCCUGAUUUGAUGGCGAGUGUUAGAAAGCUAGCGGAUGCAGACCCAGCUCACCGGAAGAUCUUUGUUCACGGUCUUGGAUGGGAUACUACUGCGGAAACCCUAACUAGUGUGUUUGGGAAGUAUGGGGAGAUUGAGGAUUGCAAGGCGGUUACGGAUAAGGUUUCAGGGAAGUCGAAAGGUUACGGUUUUAUACUGUUUAAGAGGAGGAGUGGGGCGCGAAAAGCAUUGCUUGAGCCACAGAAGAAGAUUGGGAAUAGGAUGACUUCUUGCCAGCUAGCUUCUACUGGCCCUGUCCCUGCCCCACCUCCUACUGCGCCACCUCCGGUGUCUGAGUAUACUCUGAGGAAGAUAUUUGUGAGUAAUGUGGCAGCAGAGCUUGAUCCGCAGAAGUUGUUGGAUUUCUUUACGAAGUUUGGGGAGAUUGAGGAUGGGCCUUUGGGGUUGGAUAAGCAGACUGGGAAGCCAAAAGGGUUUUGUUUGUUUGUGUAUAAGACUGUUGAGGGUGCGAGGAAGGCGUUAGAGGAGCCACAUAAGAAUUUUGAAGGGCAUACCUUGCAUUGUCAGAAGGCGAUUGAUGGGCCUAAGCCAAGCAAACAGUUUCCUCAGCAGCAACAGCAGCAGCAUCAGCAGCAUUAUGCUGGUGGUCAGCACCAUCAGCAGCAGUAUUAUGGGCAUCCUUCAAAGAAAGGGAAGUAUUCGAGUAGUAGCGGUGGUGCAGGGUCUGCUGGACAUUUGAUGGCUCCUACUUCUGGCCCAGCUGUGGGUUUUAAUCCUGCUGUUGCCGGGGCUGCGUCUGCAUUGAACCCGGCUCUUGGGCAGGCGCUAACAGCCUUGCUGGCCACUCAGGGUGCUGGUUUGGGUAUUGGGAAUUUGCUUGGAGGACUUGGGGCGCCAGUGAACCAAGGUGUGCCGCCUGUUAUGAAUAAUGCUGGGUAUGGAGGACAGGGUGUUGGUGGCUACGGGACUCCGCCUGGUAUGCAGGGAGGGUAUCAGAACCCACAGAUGGGGUCGCAGGGCGUUCGGCCACCACAAGGUGGUGCACCUUAUAUGGGACAUGGACACUAGGUCAGUUGGAAGGUACUUUAUACUGGGAAGACAGAUUAUAGUGUCUUAAACAUCAGGGGUCAAGUUACUGUUUGAUUUUGUUUUUUGGUUUCUUUCUCACUGGUUUCCAAAACUGAAGCUUGUUUACACAGAUGCUAUUUUGUAAAAAACCUAAACUUGAGGCUUCGUUACAGAAAUGUUAUUUGUUGCUAUUUUUCUUCAACUUGCUUUUUAGAGUGGAAUUGUGAGCCUUCUGAGACUGGAUCUUGACGUACUUAGUUCUGUCUGAAGUGUCUGGUUAAAUAUAGAAGCCUUACCAUGAUAGUAAGAAUCAAUAUUAUAUAUCCAAAUAACUAGUGAUUUCAAACUUGGGGAAAAGGGAACUCAAGGUUAUCCAAGCUUCAAGUGCAAAAAAGUUUUUCUUUUCCUUCUGAGACUGUCCUGUGAGGUACUGUUACCUCCAUUUCUAGAUUUUUGGUUUUUGUCCCAGUCAGAAUUACUUUUCUAUUCCUCCUGAAUCUUUCCUUCCUAGUACUCUUUAUACCGGACAAGGGUUCUGAGUGACUUGGUUUACUGAAAGCUUUCAAACCAUAGGAAUCCUAAGAAUCUAUUGAUGCUGUGAGAGCUUCUAGUUUUUUUUUUUUUUUUUUUUUGUGUUCUGCAUCGACAGGUGCUCGCAAUGGUGGCAAUGCUACUGUGAUCUGCACCAAGAUAUGUUUGGCGCUGGAAUGCUGUUCCACUCAUUUCUCCCAUCAUUUCUGGAGACUGACUUCUUUCUCACAGAAAGUGACAGUCUAUUUGAGUUGCUAUUUUGAUCUUUUUUUUGUUUGGUGAAUGGAUUUUGAGCGUUGCAUGCUUUUGGAUCAGAUUUUCCAAUCAAGCGUAGCUAUAGUAGUCAUUUCAUCCUGACUUACAUGUGCCCCCUGCACAUCUGA